AUGUUUGAACGUUUAGCAGAAAUUGUCAAAGAUUAUAAUAAUUCGAAUCGAGGCAGAGCAGUUUUACAAGAAUAUGAUAUGAAUAGUGGAAAGGCAUUUAUUUUAUGCAUUGUCACUAAUUUAAUAUGUCAAGUACAUGAAAAAAUACAACAGGCAGGCGAGUUAUGUUAUAUAGAUGCAUCGUUUUCAUUCGAAUCUCUUAAUACUUCAAUUACUCUCUUCUUUACUAGUUAUACAGUUAGAGCUCUUCCAUUCAGAUUAUUUAUUACUUCGGAUGAGCUUGAAAUCACAUUAGAAAAGGCGAUCAAUUUACUAAAAACAAUUCUUCUGCCAUAUGCCUUCUUUGGACAUGGCCCACAGGUUGGUUCAAUGGUUUUUUUAACAGAUGAUUUGAGUGCUGAGCAUAACGCUUUAGAGUUAUGUUGA